AUGGCUUGCAAAUUGCUGCUGACCAUCCCCACCUCUGUGUCCACCUUCCCAGGCCACGACAUUAAUGGAGCUCUGGAACCAUCUAACAUUGACACCAGCAUCCUGGAGGAGUACAUCAGCAAGGAGGACUCACCAGAUAUCUGCUUCCCUGACAUCCCAGCUCCAGCCAGCUAUGCACAGCCCCAGCCCUCCAGCUCAGCCACCAUCAGUGCUCCUCCUGCUAGCUCCAUCUCCAGUGUGACCAACCCCCCUCCCAGUGCUCCCCUGCACCUCCCUGCCCCGGGCACCCAGCUCCCAGUCCGACAUGGUCCCCUCCUGCCCAACCCCUGUGGACCCAGCUACGGUGCUCACCUCAACUGCAACAACAACAAUGGGCUGGUGAUGCCCAAGGGCUACCUGGGUGGCCACUGCCUGAACAACGUGGUCCCUCCAAUCAAGUCAGAGCCCAAGGCCUCCUAUGCACCCGGCACUUUACCCGACUCUCCCCCGGACUCCGGCUCCGAAGCCUAUUCCCCUCAGCAGGUGAAUGAUCCUCACCUGCUCAGGACCAUGACCCCCGAGAACAUGUGCCACUUGACGCCCCCUUCUCGCCUGGAGCACCCACCUCCUCCUCCCCCUCCUCCUCCUCCUCCUCCACCCGCUCCGGGCCUCCCAGUCCAUCCUGCCAAGAAGAGGAAACACUCCGAGUCCCCCCCCAACACCCUCAAUGCUCAGAUGCUCAACGGGCUGAUAAAGCAGGAGCCAGGGAUGGGAUCUGUGCCACUCAACCCUGACAGAGUCCCAACCCCACCCUGGCACCAGCCAGGAGCUCUCUCACCAGGUUUUUGGUGCUUUCCCUCUCCCCACGGCCUGAUCCAAGACAACGACAGCUUGAAUGGCUCCUACCUGGAUCCCAACUACCCGUCUAUCAAGUGGCAGCCACAUCAGCAGAACAAGUGGGCAACUCUGUAUGAUGCCAACUACAAAGAGCUCCCCAUGCUCACCUACCGUGUCGAUGCCGACAAGGGCUUCAACUUCUCCGUGGGCGACGACGCCUUCGUGUGCCAGAAGAAGAACCACUUCCAGGUCACGGUCUACAUCGGAAUGCUUGGAGACCCCAAGUAUGUGAAGACCCCCGAGGGCCUGAAACCCUUGGAGUGCUUCUACCUGAAGCUGCACGGAGUGAAGCUGGAGGCCUUGAACCAGUCCAUCAACAUUGAGCAGUCCCAGUCCGACCGCAGCAAACGGCCCUUCAACCCCGUCACGGUCAACCUGCCUCCAGAGCAGGUCACCAAGGUCACCGUGGGGAGGCUGCACUUCAGCGAGACCACGGCCAACAACAUGAGGAAGAAGGGCAAACCCAACCCAGACCAGAGGUACUUCAUGCUGGUGGUGGCCCUGCAGGCCCAUGCCCAGAACCAGAACUACACUCUGGCUGCCCACAUCUCGGAGCGCAUCAUCGUCAGGGCCUCCAACCCGGGGCAGUUUGAGAGUGACAGUGAGGUGCUGUGGCAGCGGGCGCAGCUCCCGGACACCGUGUUCCACCACGGCCGCGUGGGCAUCAACACCGACCGGCCCGACGAGGCCCUGGUGGUCCAUGGCAACGUGAAGGUGAUGGGCUCCCUGAUGCACCCUUCAGACCUCCGGGUGAAGGAGGACAUCCAGGAGGUGGACACCACAGAGCAGCUGAAGAGGAUCUCCCGGAUGCGGUUGGUCCAUUACAACUACAAGCCGGAGUUCGCGGCCACGGUGGGCAUUGACACCACCUCUGAGACAGGUGUCAUUGCUCAGGAGGUAAAGGAGAUCCUCCCUGAAGCUGUGAAGGACACUGGGGACCUGGUCUUUUCCAACGGGAAGACCCUUGAGAACUUCCUGGUGGUGAACAAGGAACGCAUCUUCAUGGAGAACGUGGGGGCUGUGAAGGAGCUGUGCAAGCUGACGGACAACCUGGAGACCCGCAUCGAUGAGCUGGAGAGGUGGAGCCACAAGCUGGCCAAGCUGAAGAGGUUGGACAGCAUGAAGUCGACCGUGAGCUCUGGGGCCUUCAGCCAAACUGGAAGCCAGUUCAGCCGGGCAGGAAGUGUGCCCCACAAAAAGAGGCCCCACAAAGUAGCCAGCAAGUCCCCGUCGGCGGUCCCGGAGCAGGCCUGCAUCAGCCAGCGCUUCCUGCAGGGCACCAUCAUCGCCCUAGUCAUCAUCAUGGCAUUCAGCGUGGUGUCCAUGUCCACCCUCUACGUGCUGAGCCUGCGCAGUGAGGAGGACCUGGUGGAUAUCGAUGGGUCCAGCCAGAGCUUUGACAAGACACAGCUGGUGAGAUCCACGGCUGCCUCGGGCAGGGCCAGUGGCAGGACCCCCCCACGCCAAGUCACAGAGGACACACACGACUCAGUCCUUGACCUCCCUGGUCCCAGUGUCCUGGCCUGCUUCAGCCCACCAUGUUUCUCCACCUGCUGCUCUGCUGCUCCCACCAACCUCUCCUCUGCUGUCCUCUCUGAGACCGGUCCCACUCGUGCCACCAACAGGACAGACCAAGGCCAGACUUCCCUCCUGCCGGCGACCAACAUCAAAGCCAAGUCCAGGGCCACGAUGGGGAAAGCCACCUCCUACACCAAGUGGCCCAAGGCCCCCGACAGGUCUCAGAGCUUCGGCAGCCCCAACGCCAGCCCUUCCUCCCCCUUCACCCACGGCCAGGCCAAGUCCAAGUCCAUCUCCAACCUCUGGCUCCCCCGCAGCGACUCCCCCCCGGGGCAGGUCCGGCCGCGCCGCGGCCUCCGGGACCCACCAGGAGCUGAUGGUCCUGGCCCAGAGCUGCUUUCCAUCCGGAUCCUGGAGACCAACCUGCCCAUCGUGUCCCGACACUGCGCAGCCCCUGGUGCCUGCAGGCCUGGGAACUUCACCUUCCGCAUCCCGGUGAGCCAGCUGACAGCAGUGAACACCAACCUGACCCUGGAGAUGAACUCCUCCUCUGCUGUGUCCAUCUCCCUCUGUGGCCUUGUGUCCAGCGAUCCCUGCCAGGAACCUGUGAGCACCAACAGCUCCACUGAUGCCACAGACACACAGGAAACCACACACCGUUGGCCCCUGGUGAUGAUGUCCUUCCAGGAGUUCACCUACCACUUCAGAGUGGCACAGCCUGGCCAAGCCAACUGCAGCUCCACUCCUGAGCAGAGGGGACACCUUUUCACUGACUAUUAUUUUCAGUUCUUCUGGCUCUGUGAGUGA